UGCCUGUUACUUCCUUUUCUUCCUUGUCACUAUUUAGAGUAGAUCUCUGCAGUUCUUGUAGCUUGUAGAUUGUAGAUUUCGUAUCUACCUCCUGAACAAGAGUUCCAUUCUGCUCCAGUCACCUCUCAGCUCUGGAAUUGUCAGUGUGUGCUGCUGACCUGCCUGCUCACAUUCCUGCUGGGCAGACAUCUGGAACACAUCAUCUACACCUUGCAGACCUACAGCCUCCAGUUGCUUCCUGUCUUCCUGAGAAUGGUUGAAAUCACCCCUGAGUCUUCUUGUGCAGCUUCUGCCUUCCAGGUCCUCAAUACUCCUAUAGUGUCUACACAGCCAGUACAAACCGGCUUCAUGACAAGGUGGAGUACAGAGAGAUGGAUGAGAGUCUUGCAAACCUGUCAGAAGAUGAGUAUUACUCUGAAGAAGAGAGAAAUGCUAAAGCUGAGAAAGAGAAAAAACUACCCCCACCACCUCCACCAGCUCCUGCAGAAGAAGAGAAUGAAAGUGAGCCAGAGGAGCCAUCUGGGCAAGCAGGAGGACUUCAAGACGACAGUUCUGGAGGGUAUGGAGACGGCCAAGCAUCAGGUGUGGAGGGUGCAGCUUUCCAGAGUAGACUUCCACAUGACCGUAUGACAUCUCAAGAAGCUGCCUGCUUCCCUGAUAUAAUCAGUGGGCCACAGCAGACUCAGAAGGUGUUUCUGUACAUCAGGAACCGCACCCUGCAGCUCUGGUUGGAUAACCCAAAGAUUCAGCUGACGUUUGAAGCAACUAUCCAACAAUUAGAAGCACCUUAUAAUAGUGACACGGUGCUCGUUCACAGAGUUCACAGCUACCUGGAGCGGCAUGGGCUGAUCAACUUUGGGAUCUACAAAAGAGUGAAGCCUCUUCCAACCAAGAAGACUGGAAAGGUGAUCAUUAUCGGUUCUGGAGUCUCUGGGUUGGCAGCAGCUCGCCAGUUGCAGAGUUUUGGAAUGGAUGUCACAGUUCUGGAAGCCAGAGACCGAGUGGGAGGAAGAGUCGCCACCUUUCGCAAAGGGAACUACGUUGCUGAUCUGGGAGCAAUGGUGGUGACAGGACUGGGAGGAAAUCCCAUGGCUGUGGUCAGCAAACAAGUGAAUAUGGAAUUGGCAAAGAUCAAACAAAAAUGCCCACUUUAUGAAGCAAAUGGACAAGCUGUUCCCAAAGAGAAAGAUGAAAUGGUGGAGCAAGAAUUUAACCGUCUGCUGGAAGCCACAUCCUAUCUCAGUCAUCAGCUGGAUUUUAAUGUUCUCAAUAAUAAACCUGUCUCUCUAGGUCAGGCUCUGGAGGUUGUCAUACAGUUGCAGGAGAAGCAUGUGAAGGAUGAACAGAUAGAACACUGGAAAAAAAUUGUGAAAACACAGGAAGAAUUGAAAGAUCUUCUUAACAAGAUGGUGAAUUUAAAAGAGAAGAUUAAAGAACUUCAUCAGCAGUACAAGGAAGCAUCAGAUGUGAAGCCACCUCGGGAUAUUACAGCGGAGUUCCUUGUGAAAAGCAAACACAGAGAUCUCACUGCACUUUGCAAGGAGUAUGAUGAAUUGGCAGAAACACAAGGAAAGCUGGAAGAGAAAUUACAAGAACUGGAAGCAAAUCCACCAAGUGAUGUUUAUUUGUCAUCAAGAGACAGACAAAUACUUGACUGGCAUUUUGCAAACCUAGAAUUUGCUAAUGCUACACCCCUCUCUACACUUUCACUGAAGCACUGGGACCAGGAUGAUGAUUUUGAAUUCACAGGCAGUCACUUGACUGUGAGGAAUGGAUAUUCCUGUGUGCCUGUAGCCUUGGCAGAAGGGUUGGAUAUCAAAUUAAACACAGCAGUUCGACAGGUUCGCUACACAGCAUCAGGCUGUGAAGUAAUAGCUGUAAAUACACGAUCUACCAGCCAGACCUUCAUUUAUAAGUGUGAUGCUGUGCUGUGCACUCUGCCCUUAGGAGUGUUGAAACAGCAGCCUCCAGCAGUUCAGUUUGUGCCCCCUCUUCCAGAGUGGAAAACUUCUGCAGUGCAGCGUAUGGGAUUUGGCAACCUGAACAAGGUUGUGUUAUGUUUUGAUCGUGUCUUCUGGGAUCCGAGUGUCAAUUUGUUUGGCCAUGUUGGGAGCACUACUGCAAGCAGAGGAGAACUCUUCCUCUUUUGGAACCUGUACAAAGCGCCAAUUUUGUUGGCCUUAGUAGCAGGAGAAGCAGCGGGGAUCAUGGAGAACAUCAGUGAUGAUGUCAUCGUUGGUCGGUGCCUCGCUAUCCUCAAGGGCAUAUUUGGCAGCAGUGCUGUGCCCCAGCCUAAAGAGACCGUGGUGUCCCGCUGGCGAGCCGACCCCUGGGCCCGGGGGUCAUACUCCUAUGUAGCAGCUGGAUCCUCUGGAAAUGACUAUGAUUUGAUGGCUCAGCCAAUUACUCCAGGUCCAGCCAUUCCAGGUGCUCCACAGCCCGUUCCACGCCUGUUCUUCGCGGGAGAGCACACCAUCCGCAACUACCCCGCCACGGUGCACGGGGCGCUGCUGAGCGGGCUACGCGAGGCCGGGCGCAUCGCAGACCAGUUCCUGGGGGCCAUGUACACCCUGCCGCGCCAGCCCGCGCCCCCUGCGCCCCCGCAGCAGGCGGCCAGCCUGUGAGGGCAGGGAGCCUCAGCACAAGAACCCCACGGUGCUGCUGCUGUGGAUCUGGGAUGGAGACACUCCCACAGUCCCCGGCAGAGUCUGGGAGAGGACCUGAGUUACUGCACAACGCUGGUGUGAGAAUGGCCUUACAGAAGCUCGCUGAGCCCUGGGCUUGGCAGCCUUCUAAAAACCUUAGAGCUGUUUGAAGGGACAGUGUAAACAGAAUCCUUUACUGUGAAGCUGGUGAGGGACUUUGGUUCUGCAGAUACUUUUUGAAAGUCAAGCUUAUAGCUGGAGGUUUUUUAGGAUGGGUUUUUUUUCUACCUAUGUGUGUAUUUACAAUUUGGUAAUUGCACAAAGCCCUCUAAAAGCUGGUUGCUACAAAUAGUAACUUAGUGUAGAAUUUAUGUAAACUUCUUUGUGGUUUUUCUGUGGUUUUGUUUUGAAGACUAAUAUUUUUGACCAAUUCUAUUCCUGUCUGGUUUUGAGAAUUUGGGGCAACUGUUUACCUAUCAGUAACAGCAAAUCACAUUCCUUUCAAAAUAGUCCAUUGGCUGCUACACCAUCUGCAUCCUGUUGUAGAGAGUAAGUUGGUAUCAUUGAGCAUGCUAAGCAUACUGUUUUAUUAAAUACUUUCAACAAAAGAAAUCUUCAGAAUUGGAUAUUUUUAAGUUAAAAAUGAGAAAAAAAUAUUAGCAUUUGUUUAUAUCAUUCAUCCUCCUGACCAUGUCUUCUGGUUGCUUUCUCCUGACAUGUUGAGGUCUGUGAGAAAGGGCUUAUGUGGCCAGGGUAUUGGGCUGUGAAGGGGACAGAGAUUAGAGGUGUCAAGUACUAAACCCAUUGGAAGUGGUUGGAGAGACCCUUUAUGCCAAAUCUCCAUCUAAAUCAGUGUUACCUUCCUCAGGUCUCUGACUUUGCAAAUGUUGUUGCUACUUGAGCCCUUGAUGAAAAGGGUUAGUAUUGAGCAACACCACUCAUUCUUGCCAUGCCUUCCAGGGACAAGAGAGACUUGUCAUGGUUGGUUAGAAAAGUGCCAUUAAAGGGGGGCAGGACUUGAAAGUCCAGCAAGGCAUGGAGGAGGAGUGUCUAGGGGUGAAGGAGAGUAAAUAGGGAGUCGUUUGAAACUCAAGAGUUGCUGCCUUAUGCUCAUCAACACCACUAUCCAGGGAAACUUGUUCCAGGAUGACAGAUGUGACAGACCUUUAAAAUCCACCAGCAGCUGAGGUCCUCUUGGCUACUCUGACUGAAGAUGGGAAAAGAAUUGGGGUGCUGUGCCACACAUAUGCGAUGUAAUUGGGUCUCCAUAUUUGUAGGGUGGUUUGUUGUUGGGAUUCAUGAUGGUGCUGUCUCUGUCAUGACAUCCUGUGUGCUCUAGCAAAGUGUCAGAAACUCUUAAAAGCACUUCAGGCCCGCUAGAAAAUAAAAUAGUCCUGAACUUACUGUAGUCAAAGGUGUCUUUUUCCAGACAAAUGCCAGGCUGCUUCUGCAUGGUCUGAAGUGUGUGAGUUACUGUCACUGCAGCUACUCCGUAAGUAUCAGACUGCUGAAUCUCUGCUCAGCAACAGGAGCCAGUGCUUUCUGAGCUGUGGGUGGUGGAGGAUGCAGUUUGGAGUGUGGCUGCAGUUCUCCCAUGUGCUCUGCUGGCCUUCAUGAAGCCCUGCACACCCCCUCGAAUGUUUCCUGUGUGCCCCUUGGCCCGGAGGGACUGGAAUCUCCCGAUCUCUGCAGCGCUUCGUGCUCGUUUUGGGUCAGCAGAGGUAACGUGCCUGUUGAAUGGGUAAGGAUUUAAAAUACCACUUCCCUGGAUUUUGGGUUGGGUGUGACCUGCAGGUCCUUAUGGCUGAAGUGUGCAGACUCUGCCUGUUUUCAGAAGCAGCUGAGAUGCUGCAGCUUUUGAAGAAAACAAAUUACCAUUUAUUGGCAACUCACCACAGUUCUGGAGGUGGCUGGACCAUUUGAGGAGGAAGGAUAGCCAAGCUGCUCCUUAAAGGAGGACCUGGAAUCUGGCCUGGGAUGGGAAUGGCUGCAGCUGGUAAGAUUUUGGUAGGCCUGAGGGCACUUGGAAAAGCUCCACCUGAGAGCAUGGAGCUAGUAGAAGAGCAUGAAGGAAACAGUAAGGGGUGGUCUUGUCUGAGCCUCCAUCUCCCUCCAGGAGUCAUGUUCAGGCCUACUUGGCUUUAUUGCAGAGUCAAAGAAUCAUUAAUGUUGAAAGAGACCUACAAAGGUCAUCCAGUCCAACCAUCCACCCAGCACCACCACUGUAACCCCUUUAAUGUGUAACCACAUUACCCAGCACCAGAACCAGGUGCCUCUUGAGCACCUUCAGGGAUGGUGACUCCACCUCCCCGUGCAACUUAUUCCAAUGCCUGACUGCUGGAACAGUGAAACAAUUUUUUUUUAAUAUCCCAUUUGAAUUUCCCAUCUUAGCUUAGGGCCAUUUCCUGUGGUGCUCUCACGGCAGAACAGACCGGUCCCCCCUCACCCCAGCCUCGUGUCAGGGAUUGUGGAGGGCGAUGAGGUCCCCCCUGAGCCUCCCCCACAGCAAACAAACCCAGCUCCCUCAGCCCUUCCUCAUAAGACUUGUUUUUCUAGAUCUUUCCCGAGCCUUGUUGCCCUUCCCUGGACGUGCUCCAGUCUGAAAAGAAUGAACAGGCCUUCCCUUCCCUUCCCUGUGGAGUCAAGGCUACCACGCAAUACAAACGUGACUGUUCUAUCUGGGGUUUUGGGGGUUUUCUUUGAGCUGUGGCUGCCGUGCCUGACUUGGUGCUGUCUGUGAGCUUGGGUAGUGUGUUAACAGAGUCUUUGGGGACCGAAGGCAUUGCAUAUCCUUAAACCUCCUUUGCAUAUCCUGAUGACACCACACAGAAUUCCAGUUGAAGCUGAGUGCAGAGAACUGUGGCAGGUGCAGUCGCUCCAGCAGGAACUGAGUCCUCCAGCCAGUGCCUGCCACUGACCUGUGUUGUGACUGGCAUCAGGUGUGUGGUGCUGACUCUGCAGGCUGACCCCAUCACCCCUGCCUGGCAGCUGUGGUGGGGCAAAAGGUCAGACCCCGGCCAGAGGGGUUAAUGUGAAUUUACCUGACCACAGAUGCAGAUCAUAGUGGGCUGUAGCUCUGCCAGUUGAGUCAGCCCUCAGAGCAACAGGUGGGGCUGGGGCCUUCCCGGGGGUUGGGAUCCACUCAAGGGAGCUCCUCAGAGUCAGUAGCCUUCGUGAGAGCACAUUUUGGGUUACUCUUGUAAUAUCUUGGGAAUUCUUAUCCCAGGCCAUGUGAAUUCCACUGGGCAUCAUGAAUCUUAGUGCCAUGGUCUGGUAGCCACGGCAGUUGUGGAUCAAGGGUUGCACUUGAUGAUCUCAGAGGUCCUUUCCAACCUGGCUGAUUGUAUGGUUCUAUGAUCUGUAUUCAAGUGUUGGCAGAAUUUUAAUUGGUAUAUUUGGUUUCACAGUUUAUAAAAUAAAUCUUGCUUGAAUAUA